AUGAUAUCAAUAAUCACCAAAAUAUUGAUUGUGUAUUUCUUUUUUAUAGGGUGUUGUUAAGAUAUAUGCAAUCAAUAUUUAUCUUAUUCAUAAUGUAUCGGUAGUAUUUAGAGUCAAUGCAAGUGGGACGAAGCAAGAAAUAAUUGCCAUUAUACAAAUGAUUAUAUGUAAGGAUGCAGUAAGUUUUUGAAUGUUGUGGCCUGUUAAAAAUAAUUAGGAACUCCUUUAGGAUAGUUUGCAAAUUGUAUGAUAUAAGAUUGAAUUAGGUCGAUUUAUAAAAUUCUGUGAAAAUAUACCUGAUGUAUAAACUGAAAAAUGUUAUAAUAAUUUAUCAAAAUAUGGAUGUUUAAUUGUUCAAAAUCCAAUAUAGAUAUGCAUUUGGAAAAAUAAAUAGUGUUAUUUAUUGGAGACAAAAUAGUAAUUAAAGUUAAUUUAAGAUGAUUUUGAUAAGAUGAUGUAUAGUGCUUCUGCCUGCUCUCUAAUAGAACAUUAUUUAGUAAUACAUAGUAGUUUAUUGUGGAAUCUAAUAUCCUAUGUUCCAAAUUUGAAAUUAGAGGCUUUUCAACAAUAAUAAAGAGAUUUGAAUAUUGAAAUUACUGAAAAAAUUGAUUAUGAUGAUCCAAAUCUAGUUUAAAUGUAGAAUAAUUAUUUAAUGAAAAAUGGAAAUUAUGUUUGGUAUAAAUUAGGAUUAUCAUUGUAAUAUAUAAAAACAAAUUGUAAAAAAUUAAUUUAUUAUAUAGUAUAAAUAUCAAAUAGAUUUAGAGAAGGUUGUAUUGCAUUAGAAAUUUUAGAUGAUAAUGAUUUUUUAUCAAUUUUUAGUUUAUAAAAUGAAAUAAAAGGAGUAAAUCACAUUUAUUGCAAAUAUUUAAAUUAAAAUCCCAUGAUAAUAGAAAGAUAUAUAUUCAUAGAUAAUAAAUGUAUAAUAUUUAAUACAAAUGAAUUAUUAAAAUAAGAAAUAACAGAAUAGUAUAAGAUAAAUUGUAAAUAAUUAGAUAAAUAUUAAUGUAUAUUCUUUAAUUCAAAAGAAUAUAAUUGUAAAAUUGAAGAUGACUUUAAUGAAUAUUAAUGCAUUGAAGAUUAAAAUUAAUAUGAUACUGAUUGUAUUGAAGUAUUUUGUACAAUUAAGUAAUGUCAAAAAUUAGAUAAUCAUUAUAUUGAUUUAAAGACUAAUAUGUGUGUUGAUACUUGUACUACGAUAUCAAAUAUGAUAGAAUGUUUAAAUUAAGAUUGCAAAUAUUUAGGUGUUAAGAGCAUAGAAUAGUAAAUAAUUUGUGCACCUCCAAAUAUAUGCAAUUAAAUAGGUUUAACAAAAUCUAAUUGUUUAUUAUUAAAAGCAAAAUGUAAUUGGGAUAAUAAUGAAAAUAAAUGCUAUGAAUUGAAAGACAAUGAAAUUUCAUUAAUGAAAUGUAAAGAUGCAUUAAGUAUACAUGUUUGCACUUUCAUAUUAUUAAGUGAUUAAAUUUGUUAUUGGUCUAAAACUAUAAUGUAAUGUAUCAACAUACUUGAUUAACCUCUUUUAAUGGCACAUAAAAUUUUUAUAGACAGAGACUUAAACGAAAAUGAUGAAUAGUAAGUAAGUUUAGUUUGCAAUAUGAAUCUUUGUAAAUAUAAUUCUUUAAUUGCAACUGAGUUUGAUGAAGGGAAAAGAAUAUGCUUAUUCGAUUAAUUCAAAUUUAGUAAUAACUUACAUUUAAUCAACAAAUAUCAUUGUCUGAAUAAUUUGAAAGGUUAUUAUUAAUGGAAUUAGUAAAUGCAAAUUUGCGAAAAAUAUGAAUAAUCCUAAAUUCUAAAUAAAUAAUGUUUGGAAUUGGUUGAUGUAAAUGAACGAUUCUGUUAAUAUGGGAAAUUAUCAUCAAAAUCUUUUUUAUGUAUUUAUGAUUAAAUCACUACUUCUUGUAUUGAAAAAACUGAAAAUGAAGUAAAUGAAUUAGGAUGUUUUGGGAAUGGAUUAUCAGAGGAGAAAUGUUUAAAUAAAAAUGUUGAUGGAUAAUUUUGUAGUUAUUCAGAUGGAUUAUGUAUUGAAAUAUCUAUAAAUACUAUAAAUCAUCAACAGUGUUCAUCUCUUCUUAAUGUUAAUUAAUAAGUUUGUAGAAUGUAUUUUGUUAAUUAAAUAUUGUGUAAAUAUAAUGAAUUAACUCAUUCAUGUAAUUAAUUAAGUAUUACUGAUACUAUUGAAUAUAAUUAUAAUUUAAAUAGAUAUGCAUGUUAAGCAGUGACAGAUAUUUAUACAUAUUUUGAUGAAUAGAUAAAUAGAUGUAUUUAAUUAGAUUCAAAUGAUAAUAUUUAUUUUAAGAAAUUAAAAUGUGAAGAAAAUUAUGUUAAUAAGAUGACUUGUUUAAGAAUUGUAACAGAUAGAUAAAUAUGUAUAUGGAAUACUUUUAUAAAUAAAUGCAGAAAUUAUGUUGAUAAUUUUCCAAGUUGUUCUUUUUUUGAAUAAGGUAGCAGCAAAACAUGCUCUAGUUUAAUGAACAAGAAUAAAAUUUAAUAAACUAUGGAAAAUUAUUGUGUUUAUUAAAAUAAUUAAUGUAAAUCAAAAAUAGAAAGUUAGAUUGAUUGUGGAGAUAAUGAAAUAAUGAAUAUUCAUCGUUGUAGUGGUAUGACAGGUAUUGACUAAGAUGGUUAAUUUGUUUAAAUGUGUGCAUUUGUUGAUUAUCAGUGUAGGACGUUGGUUGAUUAAAGUAUGGAUACAGAAAUAAUACUAAAUACAAUUACUUGUGAAUAAGCUAAUUAAAAAUCAUGUAAAUAAGUAAAGACUCCAGGUUAAUAUUGUUAUGUGUCAUCAACAGAAGAUAUAAAUAAUAUUACUUUAAAUAAAGGAUGUAGAAAUUAGAAAUAAGAUAGAAGUUGGUGUUAUUAUUUAAAUUACUUAUUUUCAGAUAUCAAUCGAUUAAAUCCAAAUAUAUGUUCUUAAGCAAGUGAUGAAUGUGUGUAUGAUUCAAUAGAAGGUUGUAUUUAUCCUCCUGAUUACACUUCUAAUUAUGAUUGUGAACAUCCAGGAUUAUCUUAAUACGUAUGUGUUGGAUAUACAAAUGACCGUAGAUGUGCUUUUAUAAACAAUAUUUGUUAAUAUAUUUCAGAAAAUUAAAUAUUUAUAGAUGACUGCAGUCUUCUUAAUUAAUUUGCUUGUUCUUUAUCACCCUUUAUUUAAUGUAUUUGGAAUGAAUAUCAAAGGAUUUGUGAGUCUAUGAAUUUGGAUUAUAUAUAAUCUAUUACUAGUAAUUAUUUCUGUUCAUCUAAUCACAAUGAUAUUUUCAUUUUAGCUGGUGAAACUGAAUGUAUUUAAAUAAAAUUAGGUGAUUAUAAUUUAUAUACUUGUGAUACUCCAGGAUUGAACAAGUUUGGAUGUCAUUCAAUACCUACAUAAUAUUGUCAAUAUUUGAAUAAUAAAUGUUAAUAUUAUUCUCCAGUAUUAUGUGAAGAUUAUUCUUUUGAAUGUGAAUCAAAUGAUACUAAUGAUUAAUAAUGUGUAUUUUAGGAUGGCUAAUGUUUUGCCAUAACCAAUACUCUAUUUGAUUGUGAUUCAUUUGAAAAGACUAAUUACCUAUUUUGUCUUCAAUAUCCUUAUUGUAUUUAUAAAGAUUCUAAAUGUCAAUAGAUAAUUGAAUAUUAACAUUAUCAAAAUUGUUCAAGUAUAAAUGAUGUUACAACAUGUACAGUGUAAAAUAAUUAACAUUAAUGUUAAUAUUAAUAAUUUUGUAAGAGUUUAGAUUUGGUAUUAGAUAAAUGUCCAUCCCUUAUUGGAUAUUAUUCAAGAAAUGCAUGUAAACAUUUUUAGGAUUGUUAAUAUGGAUAUACAAAAAGUGGUUAUGGCUUUUGUUUUUAAGGAUAGAAUAUUUUAAAUUUAACAUGUGAAUAAUUACCAUAAAAUCUUUGUUUAGAAGAUUUAACACAUUUAAAUAGUGAUCUUAAAUGCUUUUUGGAUGAUAAUGAUACAUGUUAAAAUAUUUAAAAUUAUACUAUUCUAACUUGUAAUAAUUUAUCAAAAUACAAAUUCAGUUAUGCUGCAUGUAUGUAUUUUGGUAAUAUUGAUUGUAAGUAUUCUUUUUAAGAUAAUAAAUGUAAAUUAGUGAAUGAAUAUAUUAGUACAAUAUGUCAAGGAUCUUCUAAAUUAUAAUGUGAUUUGAUAGAAUCCAUCUGUUAUUUUAAUGAUUCUAUAUGUACAACAUCUGGAAAUGAUAAUCAAAUUAAUAAAUAUGGAUGCAUUCAUUAAACUGGAUAUUAUCAUUAUUAUUAAGGAAAUUGUAAAUCAUUAGAAUCUACAAAUUAUUAAUAAUCUUGCCACAAUCUUUCUAAAGAUGCAUGUCUAAGCAAACUCACUAAAGAAAUUCAUUGUAGAUGGAUUAAUGAGAAGUGUAAAACAGUACUCAAAUAGGAAAAUAAAGAAAUAUAAUCAUGUUAGGAUUUAAAUUAAAGAGUUUGUCAAGAAAUAGCACUCUCAAAUAUACAAUGUUAAUGGAAUUCAGAUAUUGAAAGUUGUUAAACUAUUACAGUAUCUCAGUUUGAUUGUACAUUAGCUGAUUAAAUUAAUAAUACAUCUAAAAGUCUAUGUAAUAAUUAAAUAAAUAAUUAUUGUGUUCGACACAUUGAUGGAACUAAAUGUUCUAUUAUUACCAUUAAAUUAAAUUCUUGCAUUCAUUAUGGAUUAAAUUUUAAUGCUUGUUUAGAAUUAACUACUGUCCCCUGUAUAUGGAAAUAAUAUAAUAAAGGAGGAUAUUGUGAAAAUGCAAAUCUCUAUUCAUCUUAAUGUUCAGAUUUACUCAAUGAGAAGGCUUGUAUUAAUCUAAAGAAUUUAGGGUAGUAUUGUAUGUGGGAUAUAAAUUAAAAACGUUGUAAACAUUAAGAGAUUACUACCUGCUCAUCAGCUAGUCAUCUUAAUGGAAUUUUACCAUGCAAAGCUGUAAAUCUUGAACUUUGUUAAUAUAAUCAAUAAAUUAAUGAAUGCUAAAAAAUAAAUAUUAUACCAACAGAUUGCUCUGAAUUUUAUAAUAAAUUAACCUGUAUUUAAUCUAGUAAAGGUUGUGUUUGGAAUUUAAACUCGUGUAAGUAAUAAAUAAUAUUAAAAUGUGAAUUGUUUUUAAAUAAAUAUGUAUGUUUGAAUAACCAAUAAGUUGGAUGUAAAUGGAUUGAUAAUAAAUGUGAAUCAUUUGAAUCUCUAUCAACUAAGAUAUAUUGUGUAAAUUUACCAAAAGGACUUAAUAAAUUUGCAUGUCGAUCUAAUUCAAUAGAUCCUUGUAAUUUAAAUUAUCAUUAAGAGGUUUGUGUAUCAACUUAAUCAGACUCAUAAAAUUUUGAUGAUUAUUUUACUGUUUCAUAACUCUUAGAUAUUUAAACUUUGGAUUAUCCAUAACCAUUAUUGUUUAAUCAAUGUGAAUACUUUUAAACAAAAUAUGAUUGCAUAAAUUCAAGAAAGUAAGAUGAACCAUGUAUUUGGAUUAAUAAAUGUUAAAAAGUUACAAAUUUUGACAUAUUGAAAUGUUCAGACUCACUAAAUAUAUGGGGUUGUUUAAAGAUUACGAAUACUAAUGAACUUUGUUUUUGGAAUCAUAAAUGUUUGUAUUGGACUUAAGAUAAUCCAAUUAUGUCAAAUGUUAAUAUUAAUGUUUGUAUUAAUCAUAGUCAAAGUAGCAUAUAUUUUGAUUAUUCUUGUAAAAUCAAAGAUAUAUUACUAAUAGAUUGUAAAUCACUUGGUAUAAGUAAAAAAACUUGUUUAUCUAUUUCUAAUAAAUCUUGUUAGUGGUUAGAAUAAUUUAAUUAAUGUUAAGAAUUCAUUUAAGAUAAUAAAUAAAAUAAAUGUUCAGAUUUUUAAUUAGUUUCACCACAUGUUUGUUAAAUGAUAUCUGAUUAAGUUUGUAUCCAUGAUAAAAAUACAUUUAGUUGUGUUGAAACAGACAAUAAUAAUUACAUUUCUGGUCUAUCUAAAUUAGCAUGUCUUCAAAAUAACUAAAAACCUAUGUAUUGGAAUGAAUCAAAUAAUUGUGAAGAAUUAAAAAUAACAAUAAAGUGUGAUUCAUAAUUAAAAGUAAAUUCAAUUUCUUGUUAAAGCAUUUCUGAAAUCCCUUGUUUAUAUAAUAAUAAAUUAAACUAAUGCAUUAGCUAGUUUAAUGUAUGGUCACUCAAAUGUGAUACAGCUGGAUUAAAUUUAAAAGGAUGUAGUAUGGUGUAAUAAGAACCAUGUAUCUUUAUGAAUAAUAAAUGUUAAAAAUUUAUUGAUUAUUAGUCCACUUGUAUAAUGGUUAAUAAUGUAAAUGCUUUGGCUUGUGCAUCAAUAAUUGAUGAUAAUUGUAUAUAUGAUUCAAUUAGACUAAAAUGUGAUAUUCCAAUCUAUCAAUCUGAUUAAUGUAAUAUUCCUGGAAAGAAUAAAAAAUUUUGUGAAACAAAUUCUCUUUGUAAUUGGAAUUAGGAGAAUUUAGAUUGUAAAUGCAUAGAAUUCUAAUCAGAAAUAUGCAAAUUUGAUAAAAUUAAUGAAUGCAAAAUGAAUAUAAAUUGUUAUUUCAAUGGUAAUUAAUGCAUCAGAAAAUAGUGUUAUCAUUUAUAAGAAUAAGAAUGUAAUUCUAUUCUAGAUGAUAAAUAUUGUUACUUAACUAUCUUUAAUGAUUGUCAAUCAGCAAGUAAAUGUGAAGAUAUUAUUGAUUCAAAAUUACCAUGUUCUUCAUUUUCUAUAAAUUUAAAUCAAUGUAUUUAAGCAGGGAAUCAGUGUGUUUCAUAAAAUAAUCUAGAUUUAUAUUGUUCAUACUCAGAUUGUUCAAAUCCUAAAUGUUUUUAUGAAUUUGGCAUAUGUAAAUUAAAAACCUGUUCUGAUUAUAAUAUCGAAGAUUGUAAUAACAUAGGUGAUUGCUAUUUAGAUUAAAACAAUAUAUGUUAAAUAUUAACUUCAUGUUCUUAGAUAAAUAAUUAUGGAGAAUCUUCUAUGAAUAUUUGCAAUCAAUUAACUGUGUAAGGUUUUAGAUGUAAUUGGUAAAAAAUGGGUAUUUUAGAUACUACCGAAGUAUGUACAAAUCAACCAUGUUAAUUGUAUGGAUCAUCAAAAAAGUUAUGUCAUGGAAAUGAAAUAAAUGGUUACUCAUGUAUACUUUCUAGUUCAUUAAUAUGUUAAUAAUGCGAAUAAAUUAAAGAAAAAUGUUAAUGUGAAAAUUAAUAAUAGAUUUGUUCUUAUGUUAAUGGAAAAUGUGUUUCAAUCUUAUGUUCUUCUUUCCUAACAAAGAUUGAAUGUUAAUAGGCCUAAGAUCGUUGUUAUUGGAGUACACAAAUGAUAGAGGAUAAUACUAUUGUUGAGUAAUGUGUCAUAGAAUGUAUUAAGAUAAUUGAUUCUGGAGAAUGUGCUGCUCGAAAAUAGGAAUGUUAUUAUGAACCAUUAUAAAUGAAAUGUUUAAAGGGUUAAAAAGAAAUUAUAGAUUUAAGUACUAAUAUAAGUAUAGAAGAAUUUUAUUCCAAUAAUUUAUCAUUAUUGAUCCUUAUUUUUAUGUUAUUUUUAUGA